AUUUCUCUCCGUGGUUGUAUCGAACUUUUUCGAAUUGCAAAGUUGGUCGAAUAAAUUGGUUCAUUCCCAUACAAAUCGGCUUUGAAUCAUUUCAUGAGCAUACAGCAUGGCUACUCUGGCUGAUGGAUGGCCGAGUGCCGGAGGAACAGCAUUGAGAAGUUCCAUUCCUACACAGGCUCCGAAUCCGCUACCAACUAUCCCUUUGCAUCGAUCAAUUAAUCUGUUUCCACUUUCAAACUACACUUUUGGUACAAAGGAUGCACAGUCCGAGAGGGAUCAUUCUGUACAAGCACGAUUUCAAAGGAUGCGAGAGGAGUACGAAAAGGUUGGAAUGCGGCGGUCCGUCGACGCAGUUCUCAUCGUGCAUGAACAUUCUCUUCCGCACAUCUUAUUGCUCCAGAUAGGAACUACUUUUUUCAAAUUACCUGGUGGGGAGUUGGAGGUAGGAGAAGAAGAAACCGAUGGCAUGAAACGUUUACUAGAUCUCACCCUUGGAAGGACGGAUGGUGUGAAGAAUGAGUGGAAAAUAGAGGAUGAAGUAGGAAACUGGUGGAGGCCCAAUUUUGAUCCUCCGAGGUACCCAUACAUACCAGCUCAUGUCACCAAACCAAAAGAGCACACCAAACUGCUGUUGGUGCAAAUGCCUGAGAAAGCUAUGUUUGCUGUGCCGAAAAACUACAAGUUGGUGGCAGCUCCUCUGUUCGAGUUGUAUGACAACGCUGCUGCUUAUGGUCCUCUUAUUGCUAGUCUUCCAAUGGCUCUGAGCAGGUUCAAUUUCAUCUACAAUGGUGUCGUCUGAAAUCGUGGUAAUUUGCGUUUUGCAUUGAUACUCAAAAUACUGUUAUUUUUUUCUUUGUUGAAUAAAUUUCUGGUUGCCACUCUGCCAGCUUUGUUGUUCUUGUUCCAUAAUAUUGCAAUUUUGAUCUCUCUGUAGCCUUCGAAUUCUCAUCAUAAUAAUUAUGGGUUCCAUUUUAUGCUGUAUAGAGCCCAGCUCACUGCUUGUGUAAGAGUUUGUAAGAGUCAAUGAAGAAGCUUUGAC